UACAAUGCGAGUACAUACAAUAUAAUGUGCAUUUAUUUUUGUGAUGUGUACGUAGCAAUGAAAGUCACCGUGGUUCCAAACAAUUGAAUACCAAUUCAUAAUUUUUGCAGAUUGUUACCAUUAUGUGCACCCAUGUGACAUUCAGUUUGUCAACAGAGCUCAGUUGUCCUCAAUCGAAGUGAUUUACUCAUAUAUUUACACAAAACAAAAGCUUUUAACCGGAAAAGACCACAAAGGAUUUAGUCAUGAACAAAAUAUAUAAGAUUUUAAGGAUUUGGUUGCUGCUUUCUGCCAUAUUGAUUUUGAAAUGUGCCGCCAUACCUAAAUAUGACAACAAUUCAAAUGGUGUCUGGAGACAGGGUCAAUUCAAUGACAGUAAAACUUCAACCUACGAAUCAAAUGCCCAAUCUACUAAGGAUCGCUUGCAGCGUUUAGGCUACACAACUGGAUAUGGAACCAUAAAUGGAUAUCCCGGAAGUACGGGCGUUUCUGCUUACAAUCCUAUCAAACUGGAUCUUGGGGGAGUUGUUCUAGGCACAUUGGUUGGCAUUGGAGCAAUUAUACUAAUUCCGAAGCUACUAAAUGCUUUUCACGGAGGGUAUGCUGGCUAUGGCCGAAGCGAAAAUGACAACGAUCUUUCAUCACUUUCAACCAUGAUGAGUAAAAUUGAUGAUAUACUUGGCCAAAACAACAUCGAUUCAACAAGUUGUAUGCAGCGUGCUGUUUGUAGUUAUGUUCGCUCAACAGAGCACAAUAUGAAGACUGGAGUGGCCGACCAAAUGGAUCAAUUCAUUCACAUGCUAUCUGAAAAUGCUCUUGUGGACUACCUUAUAGAUGGUACUGCUAUAAAGGAAGCGCUGGAAAUAGGCAAGAGAGUGAAUGAGAAGCCCUGUAAACAAGUGUACAUAUCUUGUCCAAUGGACAACAAGACAGCCACUGAUGUUCUACUGAAAUUAUUGCCGAAGAAAACAGUGUCAAAAUCAUUGAAACAAUUGCAAUGAUUAAAGGAAUUGCCGUUUUGGUAUAGAAUUCAAACAAUAAAUAAUAAAAUUAAAGUGUGAUUACUACACGUACUUAGGAUUUAACUUGAUAAAAUAUAUGCAAAUUUUUAAAAAUAUAUGUAUUUG